AUGGCUGAUAAGGCAGAUUGGUGUGAUGCUAAUGUGAGGCAUUUCAUUGAUAUCUGCAAAGGAGAGAUAGAAGCUGGGAAAAGGCCGUUGGGAUUUUUCAAUAGGGCUGGUUGGACAAAUGUUAUAUCUAAGCAUGAAGAAAAAACUGGUCAGAAGCUAACAAAGAAACAAUUGAAGAACAAGUGGGACAAUAUGAAAAAGGAAUAUACGUGGUUCACGGAGUUGAAGAAUAGUGCAACUGGGCUUGGAUUGAAUAAGGCAAAGCAAACUAUUGAGUGCUCUAAGGAAUGGUGGGAUGAACACCUAGAGAGGUGCAAUAGUCCUAAGAAAGGUAUCAAAUGCAACCAUGUGAGGUUCAUAAAACAAGGGCCAAAGCACCUUGAUGAUCUGCAUAUAUUAUUUGAUAAGAUACAUGUCAGUGGCACUAGUGCAUCCUGCCUUGGAGAUGUAUCUUCUAAUGAGUCAAGUGAUGACGAUGUGAGUGAGGUAAAAAAACUCAAGACAUUGAUGAUGUGA